AUGUGUGUUUUUCAAAGUGCAGUUCCCCCGUACUUCCACGAGGAGUUCGAGACGAAGACGGUUAGGUCUAAGGAAGAUGUUACCAUUUCCUGCGAGGUGUUUGGAGAGACGCCGCUCACUGUUGCUUGGUCCAAAGACAGGAGGCCGUUCGGCGACUUGGCGCUUCCAAGGUUUGUUCUUCAGGAGGAUACAACCGCCGAGGGAAUUGUUUCUAAAGUCUUCAUUCCUUCCGUCGGACGGGAAGAUUCUGGUGUGUUCGUGUGCGAAGCAACAAACUCGUUUGGGAAGAAGGACCGCACGAUACAACUCAUUGUUCAAGGUCCUCCAGAUAUUCCUCGCGACAUUCACGUGGAUCAGGUAACCAGCCGGUCGGCAACCCUCUUCUGGACCCAGCCACACACGGGAAACAGCCCGCUGCUCGGUUACACUGUCCUCUAUGUACCCGAGGCUGACAAGGUGACGUCGGCCCCCUCGAGCCUGAGGACCGGAACGUCGGAGAACAGAGCCACGGUGCCAGGACUGGUUCCAGGCACCGCCUACAUCCUUCGAGUCGUUGCCGAGAACGCGGUUGGCAAGUCAGGCCCCAGCGACGAGAUCAGGGUUGUCACGGAGGAGGAAGCACCCUCGGGAUCCCCUUACGAAAUCAGAAUUACCGCCACCAGUUCGAAGACCGUCCACGUACGAUGGAAGUCUCCCUUGCAAUCAACGUACCAUGGCAAACUUAAAGGCUUUCACGUGGGAUACAGGCAGCUCAACUCCAGAGAAACGUUUCAGUUCCAAACUGUGAACGUCGAGGACGACGAAGCAAAGAAAGAGCCCAAGGACAACGAAUUUGAGAUCCGGGGUUUACGAAGAUUCACGCAGUAUGCUGUCGUAGUCCAGGCCUUCAACAACAAAGGAGCCGGACCUUUGUCCGAAGAAGCCACGGUGCAAACGCUCGAGUUUGAUCCACCGUCGGCACCGCAACUAAUGAUUACGUCCAAAUCGUCUUCGACGCUGGAGCUUGAAUGGAAAUUUCCGGAAGUCACGGAGACACCAAUCACAGGAUACGUCGUGCACUACAAGAGCGAAUAUGGAGAAUGGCAAGAAACGCAAGUGAACUCAAAGCUGCAUAAGCACCUCCUGACGAACCUUAUAUGCGGAAACCGCUACCAAGUAACAAUCACUGCCUUCAACGCUGCUGGGAGGGGAGUACCCAGUGAACUAGUGAAUGCCGAAACAACAGGCAGGGGACCCAUCCCACCCCAGGACAAGUCCUGGUCGGUUCUGAUGGCCAAUUCGAGCUCCAUCUCCGUGAAUCUGGACGGCUGGAGCGACGGCGGCUGCCCCAUCACCUUCUUCGUUGUUCAGUACAAGCCGCACAUGCAGCCGGACUGGGUCCUUCUGUCCAACAACAUCCGUAUGGCCCAGUCCCCCGUGACCAUCCCGGACCUGGCGCCGGGCACGUGGUACGACGUUAUGGUGUCCGCCUACAACGACGCUGGGGCCACUGAAGUAGAGUACCGGCUGGCCACGCUCACGCUCAGCGGAGCCACUGUGGCGCCAUUAGCCGCUCAGUCCCAGGAGUCGGGAUCGUCGUUCCUAAGAGAUCCGGCAAUCCUGGUUCCGGUGGCAUGCGCCGUGGUGGUGGUUCUCGUCAUCUGCCUCGUGGUGGGCGUGGUACUCGUGCUGAGGAGGAGAGAAAACACCUACGACUCGUGCCACACGCAGCACAUAUAUUCAAGCGAGUCCGUGCGCAAGACAGACAGCAUCUCCAUGUCCGCGUAUGGCAAGGACAAGCACUUUUGCGAUUCGUCAGGCGACGAGGGCGCCACCCAGAGGGAGCCACUCUACUACCCGUCGCCGUACGCCACGACUCAAGUGUCGGCUGGAGAGAUGUCGUCGGGGUCGCCCAGCAGGCACCUCCAGGCCAACAUGGCCGCCGACUACGCCCAGUCGGCGGCGGGGACGUUACAGCGGAAUCGCUACGGGAACCGAAUGCAUCUGUACGACGUGCCGCUUAGGCCCAAGCAGGUACCCGAGCUUCUCUGUUCGAGGACGUAG